GUUGCCGCGAGCACCCGACGGCGAUAUUCCCGCGUCCCGACAUCGUAUUUCAAAAAGAGAAUAUUUUUUUUUUUUAAAAUAUGUGUCGUCGCAUAGUGCAAAGAGAGUGAAUUAGCGAGUGCGAAUGUGAUUUUUGUGCUUGUUUUUGACGACGUUUGGAAAAAAAUGAUUGAAAGGCACGCGAUACACACAGACACGUGGACUGCCAGCUUGAGUGACUAGUACACCAGAGACGGGCGACAAUCAAGAAAAUAGCAGUUCUCGAACGCACGCAACCAAUUAUAAUUGGAAACUAAACAGUCUCAUAUUAACAGCCAUAAAGAUGACAAGCUACAAAUAAUAUAAUAUAAAAAGAGAUGUGAGAAAAAUGUGUGAAAAAUAAUACCGAUAAAAUGUAUACACUCACAGACCGGUUUUGGGAUCGAAGAAAGUCGAAAACUCCACGAUGACGCGAUACCGUUUCGAUGAUUGUAUAAAAUAAAUAGUUAAAAACAUAACGCUUCACUAGAUGUAUAAGAUCGCUUUUUUGUGUGUCAAUACGCGCGAGUGUUAAGGUAUAUUUAAUUUGCAAAUUAUAAUUUUUUUUAUUGUUUAAUUUAUUGGUAUAUUUGAAUGUUUUCCGUCGCUGAAGCAAUAUUAGGUAAGAGGUGUUUAUACUGCACGCGUUUUAAUAGAAGUAUCAUUAAUUUUUUAUUAAAAUUGUGCAUAUUAAAUCUCCAUUAAAUAAGUUCGAUAUUAUGAUAAUUGUAAAUAAAGUUCUUCAAUCGAAUAUUCUGUGCUUGAGUACAGUCUACGCAAAUAGUUCGGAAAAACGGGUAUUAAAAGUAAUAAUUUUGUAAAAAGAACACCGCUGUAAAAAAUAGUGAUAAAUUUUAAAUUUAUGAAUGAUAUUCCGUUCCUAUAGGCGAUACGUUUUUUAAUAAUUUCGACCGCGACUUUGAAUUUCGUAUUCACCAACGGGGCCAACACUUUCGAAUCUCAUGUUUACUUAGCUAGUUUUAAUUUACAAUCGUGGCGUGCCGGAACCGUGACCGAAACCAAGAUGGUGCCGAAUGCUACAACACUAUUAGCGAGAACUACAAUGAGUACCGCGUAUACGAACGCAACCCUAUUGAAUUCCACGUUUCUGGUGCCAACAUUUAUGAGUCAAGAGGAAUUUUUGGCUUUGCAAAUGGGAAAUUCUUCAGACGGGAAUUCAACAUCAAACGACACAACAAUAAAUCAAGUCGUGUUAAAGACAUGGUACCCGAGCGGGUAUUCGCCUGCGCAUAUAAUAAUGGCAUCUGUGGUUGUGACUGUGUUAAUGAUAAUGGUGGUGGUGGGCAACAUGUUAGUGAUAAUCGCGAUAGUGACGGAAAAAGCGCUGAAGAACAUACAGAAUUGGUUCAUAGCGUCGUUGGCUGUGUCAGACUUUUUUUUAGGACUAGUGAUAAUGCCGUUCUCGUUGGCGAACGAGCUGAUGGGAUACUGGAUUUUCGGGUUUUGGUGGUGUGAGAUACAUUCCGCAAUGGAUGUGUUGUUGUGUACAGCGUCCAUUAUGAACCUGUGUCUUAUUUCGCUGGACCGCUACUGGAGUAUCACGCAGGCCGUGGAUUACUUGAAGAAGCGGACGCCGGCGCGUGCGGCGCUCAUGAUAGCCGCUGUGUGGCUGAUGAGCGCGCUGGUGUGUAUACCGCCCUUGCUGGGCUGGAGGGUUAGCCGGCCGCCCGAGCAGUUCCCACAAUGCAAGGUGUCAGAUGACAUCGGCUACGUGGUGUACUCGGCUCUGGGCAGCUUCUACAUACCUUCCUGCAUCAUGGUGUUCGUGUACAUUAGGAUAUACUUCGCAGCCAAGGCCAGAGCUCGGAGGGGGAUCAGGAAGAACCCUAGACCUAGACCUAACGAGCAGCAGACGAGCUUUACCAACCCGAAGGGCACGCGUCCGAUGCCGGUCACCCAUCCGAUGCCAGCGGGUCAUCUGAGUACCAAUAAUAAUGGCGAAAGCCAGAUAUCAACUAUAGAAACACCGCAAGUUCAAAUACCUACAGUGACCUGUGACCUUGCAUCUGACAUCUCCACAAGUGAAGCGGGGGACACACUGCCGCCCCCGCCUGAAGAAGGAAAACACACCCUAAAGGUGGUAACAUCAGCGCAAGUAACAAAGAACCCCCUGGCAUCAUGUCCACACAGAAGCUCCACCUUGUCCGUAAACGGUGAGCUACAACUGCAGCAAAGGUGUCGAGCUCCAAGCGUGGCCGUAGACGCUGACAUGGUCUCUGAACUAGAACCUUCUUCCUCAGAUUCCGGAGUCGUAAGCCGCUGUGGAGGCGUCAAGCCCCUUAAACUGCGCAUCUUCAAAAAGUCCGACAGACGACAGGAAAAAGCACAGCGGUCCAAAUCGGAACUCGAACCUGCACUCCCUAAACCGCAUAAACCGCGCGAUCCCGAAAGAGAGAAGAAGAGAUUAGCAAGAAAGAAAGAGAAAAGAGCUACUUUAAUAUUAGGCUUAAUUAUGGGCAGUUUUAUAGCAUGUUGGCUGCCAUUUUUCUUCCUGUAUAUACUUAAAGCUGCGUGUAGGAUGUGCGUGAUACCGCCGAACGCGUUCGCGAUAGCGUUCUGGUUGGGAUACAUGAAUUCGGUGUUGAAUCCAGUGAUUUACACGAUUUUCAAUAAGGACUUUAGGAGGGCCUUUCGGAGGAUAUUGUUCAAGUGAUGUUUGGCUUACCUGUGCUGCUAUAGGUGCGUUGCUAACCGCAUCUUGUUAGCUCAGAGGAGGGCAGCACCAGGUCUUUACAAUGCUCGUUAAUCAUCUUCAUUCAAUUUGUGAUAUGCUAGGUUUCUUUGGCUGAAGUUAUAUAAAUAAAUAAAUAAAUAAUAAAUAAAUAAAUAGGGACAAAUGACACAGAUUGAGCUAGCCCCAAAGUAAGUUCGAAACUUGUGUUAUGGGAUACUAACUCAACGAUACUAUAUUUUAUAACAAAUACAUAUAUAAAUAAACAUCCAAGACCGGGGCCAAUCAGAAAAAGAUCAUUUUCCAUCAUGACCCGAACGGGGAUCGAACCCGGGACCUCUCGGUUCAGUAGCAAGAACUUUACCACUGCGCCACCAAGGUCGUCUAAGUUUUUCGCGCUUAUAUAUACAUAGCUAUGUUAAUAAAUAUAUAAAAGGGACCUGUUCCUAUUAGCACAACCAUUUGUAUACUAGGUUGAGCUACUUAGCUUCACAUCGCAAAUAAUCUGUCUGUUCAUGACCACGGCGACUGCGAAAUCGUUGAAACGUCAGCUAAAAUAAAUAAAUAAAGGUUUAUGCUAAGUCUUGUGAAUAUUAUUAUUGUAUGUAGUCAUAAAUAUGCCCAAACAGACUUCUAUAGUGAUUAUAAAAUUACUUUGAAAUAUUUUUACGGUCACGCAGGAUAUAUUUUGUGCUUUGUGAAUUUUUGGUCAAAUAUAUAGAUAAUAAAUUCCGAAUAAAAUGUAUUCCAAAUACUUAAACAAUAAAAAUACGGUUAAAUUAAUGUAUUUACCGAUAAAAUUAAAACGGAAGUAAUUCUUAAAUCUACAUUAUUAAUAUUAAAAUGAUUUCAUGUGUAAUUGGUAUGAAAAUAAAAAUCUUUAUUUGAAUUGGACAUAAAUACAUAUUUUUUUUAAAACGUUGGUAAUCAACGUCACUUUCAGUAUACAUUACAGACAAUCAUGGAAUUUUAGGUAUUCCGUAUAACGAAGUACUUACUAGGACCAUGGUAAGUAGGUAGGUACUAAAUCCAUGCCAGCCAAUCGAUUAAAAAACAUUUGCAUAGUGUUAUUUACAUCAGUUACUGAUAUUGUUUACCUACCUGAUUUAAUUAUUCCGUGAACACGGGUCAGUAUCCCAAUCGAAAAGUCUAAAAUAGUAAAGUAUGUGCCAGGAUUUUCAACUACAAAUUCAUAUAACUUCAGCCUUGGACCACUGGAAGAUAUAUACUAGUUAAUUACUACACAACUUAUAACCUAAAUGCAUUAUUGUAACCUUGUGACGUCUUAGGUGCGCUUGUUACUGUGUUUAGAUUUUAUUAGAUAUUGUAUCAGUCGCUUUAUAUAAAGAAUCAGUAUUUUACAAAAAAUAUUCAAUCAAAUAUAUAUUUUUUUAUUAAUAAUAAAAAAAAUGACGAUAUUGGCUUAUAUACACAUUAAAAUGAGUUUAAUAAUAUAAAAAAAUGCUUGAAUUUUAAUGAUUUUGAUUUAUUAUGUAAGUUAAGUAAAAACUUUUAUUUGAAUUAAUAAAAAGUUUGAAAGACACAAUUAUUAAUCAAUAUUAAUAAAAAGUAACAAAUAAACAAUAUUAAGUAUAUUUAUUUUUUACCAAAAAAUACUGGUUCUAUACAUAACACGAUCAAAAUAAUAAUUUGCUCUAAAAAAUUGAAUUGUAAAGAAAUAAAAUUGAUUUAUUUGUAGUAGAUUUUUUUAAUAUUCGUAGCGAAACCAUAGAUUAUUUAGAAAUAAAUACUAAACUGCAACACUGACGGAUUUGAAACAUUAUAUAGUAAUUAUAAAAUUCCUUUAAACACUGUAACAUAUUACUAAAGGAAUUUCAUAGCUUUAAAUAAAACAUUGAAAAAAAAAACAUAGCUUAUUUAUAUUUAGAAUUGCAUUGAAAGCUAGUGACUAUCGCGGAAUAUAAGAGUAUAUAUUUUAGAAUUUUCUAACAUAUAAUGUUGUAAACAAAUAUAUGUUGUGUCGAAAAUACAUACUUUCAUAUUUCCGACACCCUUCCAGACCUAUACGCUUAAGAUAUGUACAAAUAAUUGUAGUUUUUUGUCUAAUUCUUUGCUAAAUUGUGAUGUCCUAAGAUACCUAAGAACAAGUCACACAUAUUCAAAACUUUUUGAAGUAUUGUCUUUUCAUACAAAUAUAGAAGAAUUAACGUAUACAAAUUAAAACAAGAAAAUCAAUAUUAUUAUCACAUAAACAUGAAUAUUGUUAGUUAAAGCUUUAAGAAAUCACGUGGUCAUCAUUUUAUUUACAAAAUUAAGAGAUUUUAGAUGUUUUUCUAUAACGUUAUUAUUUUCAAACAUUUUAUUUAAAGGAUGGAUGAAUUGUAUAUUCCAUAAAUAAAAGUAAAUACAAAGGUUUUCAUAAUAGAAUUCACUACUAAAUCCUAGUACUGGUUCUAAUAUCUAAAAUCUAUGUCGUCCUGUAGAAUAUCAAAGAUAUAAUGAGAAUAAAUAAUUUUAAUUAUUUUAUGAAAAGACAUACUGAACACUAAUCACUGAAUUCAUUCAUACAUUUUCACCAAACAGAUUAAAAUCAUUGUAAAGUUGAGGUGUAGUAGGCUGGACGUAAUGUAAUCAUUUCUAACAAUAAUACCAAUCACUUAAUUUUUUUUAUAUAAGUAGUUAUACUAGGAGAUAAAUUUAUAUUUUUCUUUAAAAGUUAUAAUAAAUUAAAUACUAUAGGUAUUUAAUUACCAUUGUAAACCAUUAGCUGUAUUCCAAAAUUUUAACUUCCGAUAAAAUUUAAAUACAUAAUUUAAUAUAGUUUGCAUUGCGGUGAAUGAAAAAGAUAGUAUUUAAAUUUUAGAUAAUAGAGGUUUAGGUAAUAUUUAUUGGCAGUAAUUUUAUUAUAACAAUUGCAAAUUAAUUUUAUGUUUACAAUAUGUCCAGUCAUCAGUAGGGUAAACUGUAAACAAUAAUAAAAAUGACUGUGCCUCUGUGCCUAUCAAUCGAGCACUAUUCAACAAUAAAAUGCACUUAAUUAUAUAUAUUUACGUAUCUUACUAAAUAUACGUUUAAUAAAUAUGUAGUAUAUUUCUUUACAAAUUGUUUCCAAUUAAUAACUGAUAUUAUUUGUAAGCGCUGGUCGCGAUUAUCGUCCAGUUUUUUUUUUUUUUUGUCUUUCGAAUAUAUGUAAAUAUUGUACUUAUGUACAUUAAGAUGUAUAGUAGACGAUAAUGAAACUAAUUAAACCAAAAGAACACCAAAUAUACUUCAUGUAAAUUUUUCUAAUUAUAUUUCUAAUCUUAUGAAUAAAUAUUAUCCAAUAAUCCAUAUUAUUAUAUAACCUAUACGUAUACGUCUCAUUUAGCGAACUGUCAAGUUCCUUCCAAAUCGUAGAAAAGAAUAUGUUUUUCUGUUCAAUUAUAUAUCUAUAACUUGAUAAGCGAUUAGAUUUUUAUUGAUUAAAAUCAAAAGCAUACUUAUGAUUAGAAUAUAAUGCUGAACUUUCCUUUUAAUAUCAACUAUUCCUACGACUGAUCAUAGUUAAUAAAUAUCUUUUCAACCUAUUAUAAAUGUACAUUCAUUAUGUACAUAUUUCCAAUUCCAAAAUAUAUAAUAAAUAUAUAUAUAUAUUAAAAAAAACAACAACGACAAUUUAAUUCUAAAUCGGUGUAAUCUAGACUAUGCGUUGUAACUUUUUAAUAAUACUUUAGAAUUAAGUAGAUGAAUAUAUAUUAAUAUAAUAAUUAAUUAAUUAAUUAAUAACUUUGCAACACCAUUGCUGUUUUAGAAAUAUAGUUUUAAAAUAAGUAACUUAUUGUAUUGAAGUUUGGAGCAAUAGUAAAAGCAUGUCUAUUUGUUUUGUUUUCCUAUUAACGUUUUCAUAUAGUCUUCCAGCGUGUGUGUGAUCUAAUUAAAAUAAAUAUAAUUAAAUUUAUGCAUAUAAUAUAUGUUUUUUUUUUUUU